CCGGGGGGUCACGUGGUCUGCGGUUUCACAGCAGCAGGAGUCGCUCAGACCGGAGAGUUCAGCCUCCACCGAGCCUCUACACCGGCAGGUGGACACCAUGAACUACGUGGGGCAGCUGGCGGGGCAGGUGCUGGUGACAGUGAAGGAGCUGUACAAAGGGAUCAAUCAGGCCACUCUGUCCGGCUGCAUCGACGUGGUUGUGGUGCGACAGCCCGAUGGGACUUUCCAGUGCUCCCCUUUCCACGUACGCUUCGGAAAACUGGGAGUGCUGCGCUCCAGGGAGAAAGUGAUCGACAUAGAGAUCAAUGGAGAACCUGUGGAGCUCCACAUGAAACUUGGAGACAACGGAGAGGCCUUUUUUGUGCAGGAGACAGAGCAGAAUAAUGAGAUCGUUCCGGCCCAUCUGGUGACCUCUCCGAUCCCCACGGAGGAGGCUCUGCUCAGGAGCAGAGAGCCCAGAUGUGUGGAGACCAGCCAGCCUCUCGGACCAGAAGACCCGUCCUCCGGAAACCUCCAGCUCUGCUCCAACUCGGCCGGCAAGAAGAAGAAGAGACGCAGGAGGAAACACAAAGCUGAGCCUCGCAAGGAGGAGCAAACGACAUGUGGGGAGCUGGAGCUGUGUGAGCUGAGCUCCGACGAAGAGCAAAAUACACACAACGGACGAACAUCUUCGCUGUCGGUGAUGAAGGAAAACAUGGACCACAGGCAGCAUUCUCCUCUCACCGGCCUGGAAUGGGACAGUUAUCCUUUCUCUGAUGGAGACUGGUCUCCCUGCACGACGGACGUGUCCGAGCCCAUGUCACCCAAGAGUGACUCGGAGCUGAUGGUGAAGCCGACAGAGAGCAUGCUCAGGGCCGAGUCCCACAUGCAGUGGACCUGGGGGGAGUUCCCAGAAUCCACCAGGGUCAACAAAAAGGACAAAUCGGAGCCAAAGACGUUGACCAUCACCCCCUCAGAGAACACACACUUCAGGGUUAUUCUGAGCUCAGAGGCGAUGGAGGAAGACUCAAGAGAAAAACAGAGAACAACAGAUCCCGUCUGCAGCAUUGUAAAACCGGAGCCUCGGACCAUCAAACCUCCUAAAGCGCCGUUACACGAUACAAACAUUACCGAACCCAAACCGCCACUUUCAGGUUUAAUGUCGAGCAGCUUUACCUCAGAGCCGAAUCCAGCUCACUCAGAACUCAGCACAAAUAACGUACACAAGACCAGGUGGACGUCUUCACCGCCGAGCUGCAGGGCCAACGGCUCUGCUGUCAGCGGAGGAAGUAACCCGGCUGGAGACUCGGCAGCUGUUGGUCCUGAAACAAGAGGCUCCCCCAAAACUACCGACUCACCCAACAAGAGGAGAGGUGUGAGGAAGAGGAGCCAACAUCAGGGACCUGAAGACAUUUACCUGGAAGACCUGAAUGUACUUGAACCUGACGUAGCUGCUCGGUAUUUUCCAAAAAGUGAGUCUGAGCAGGUUCCCAAACACUGGGUGGAGAGCGGGCGGCGCUCUGGAUCCCAGUCGCCUCAGUCGGUGGGCAGCGCUGCAGCCGACAGCGGCACCGAGUGUCUGUCCGACUCUGCCGGCGACCUGCCUGACGUCACGCUGUCCCUGUGCGGAGGCGUCGGAGAAAACUCAGAGAUCCCUAAAGAGAAAUUCAUGGAGCACAUCAUCACCUACAAUGAAUUUGCAGAGAAUCCAGCGAUUAUCGACAAUCCAAACUUGGUGGUUAGAAUUGCUAACAGGUAUUACAACUGGACACUGGCAGCACCACUGAUACUCAGCAUGCAAGCUUUCCAGAAGAACUUGCCAAAGGCUACAGAGGAGGCCUGGGUGAAGGAGAAAAUGCCAAAGAAGUCUGGACGCUGGUGGUUCUGGAGGAAGAGCAGCGUCAAACAGUUAUCAUCAGAGACCAAGUUGGAGCGACAGGAGUCUCUGACCAGAGAGAGUCCUGCCCUCCACCAGGCCCCAGAAACACAACAGAAAGCUGCCGAGUGGUCGAGCGAUGAUGAGACUAAAGAGCUGAACGCCGUGGCGCCUGCUCUGACACCUACUGAGCGCGUGCAGACUGAAGGCCCGGCGCCGUGUCACUCUUACAAGAAAUCCCUCCGCCUGUCGUCUGACCAAAUAGCCAGCUUGAAGCUGAGGGACGGACCGAACGACGUCACCUUCAGCAUCACCACCCAGUACCAGGGAACGUGCCGCUGCGAGGGAACCAUCUACUUGUGGAACUGGGACGACAAAGUCAUCAUCUCUGACAUCGAUGGCACCAUCACCAAAUCCGACGUGUUUGGUCAGAUUCUGCCUCAGCUCGGUAAAGACUGGACUCACCAGGGAAUCGCUAAACUUUACCACUCAGUUAAAGAGAAUGGCUACAAGUUCCUGUACUGCUCGGCCCGAGCGAUCGGCAUGGCUGACAUGACUCGAGGAUAUCUGCACUGGGUGAACGACAGAGGGACCCUCCUGCCUCAGGGACCCCUCAUGCUCUCACCAAGCAGCCUCUUCUCUGCCUUCCACAGAGAGGUCAUAGAAAAGAAGCCUGAGAAGUUCAAGAUCGAGUGCCUCACAGACAUCAAGAACUUGUUCUUCCCAAACACACAUCCUUUCUACGCCGCCUUUGGAAACAGAGCGAGUGAUGUCUUUGCCUAUAAGCAAGUGGGUGUGCCCGUGUGCCGGAUAUUCACAGUGAAUCCCAAAGGGGAGUUGAUCCUGGAACAAGCCAAAGGCAAUAAAACAUCAUACAGCCGGCUGAGUGAGCUGGUGGAGCAUGUUUUUCCUUUACGGAGUACACAACACAACGCCACCUUCAGCUGCCCGGAGUUCAGCUUCUGCUACUGGAGAGAGCGAUCGCUGAGGUUUGCUUUGAGGAGCUGCUUUAACUCAGACGUCUUCACUUUCUUACUUGAACUCAGUCAUUUCUUUGCAACUGUGUGCACUUGUGCAAUAACCGAUGAUGUUUGAGUCUCAUGUCGGCCACUGGAUAGUUUGAUAUCGCCUUGGAACACUUU